AUGACUUUUCAGCGGUCCGAGAUUCCUCUAGCGGAAGCUGAAUUUCCAUGGGCCGGUAUCACAGUAAUGGUCCCUGGGGAAGCCGAUAUCGAAUGUGCUCGGAUCGCCAAACUCACAGGCUCGGCUGUACUUACGAACGACUCGGAUCUGUUGGUUCAUGAUCUAGGUCCGCAUGGCGCAGUCGUACUUCUCAAUUCGGUGCAUAUGCUUCAAGAUGCACCAGGUCUGAUAGAGCCAGAGAUCCGGGGCCUGCGGCUACAUCCUACUGAACUCGCCAAUCGGCUCGGGUUCGUCAAUGUUCCGAGAUUUGCCUACGAGCUAACACAAGAUCCUCACCAGAGCUUUGUGGAGCUUGUGCGACGGUCCAAGGACAACUCCGGAACGGUUGAACGGUCUUCUGGCUACAUAGAAUUCAUUCGUGAAUACCAACCCGAUGAGCCAACAGUGGCUAAUAACAUGCGAAGUGUCCAGACGUGUGAUCCCAGGGUGUCUGAGCUAUUCUGGCAGUAUGAGCAGCCGGAUAUUUAUCGUUGUGCCGAACAGCCUCAUAUGUAUCUUGGAAUCCUCCAUGAAGACCACUCCAGGCGAUGUGCCUGGGAACAAGGUCGCUUCUACAGGGCUAUUGGCUAUUCCCUCUUCAACCUGUCUCGCUCGGCUCCUCCUAAAAUUUCAUGUGUUCAUGAAUUCGUUCGUAGAGGAGGUAGAAUCGUUGCUGAGCAGGUCAGUCUCGGCAGCACAAACAUGACAGCCUCUGACUUGAAUAUUCUUCAAGAGCGUCUGGAUCUUGCACGAACAAUAUUUGGGCAUCAUACGCAGUCUGUAUUCUGGGUUUUGUUUGCCUUGUUCGAGAUACACUGCGAUCCUUCCAAUACGACUGCGACACCCAACGCUGUACAUCUCGAGCGAUUCCUCAGCAAAGGAUUCAUGGGCAAACGAACUGAAUGGGCUGACAUCCAUUUAAUGGCCCAGAUACAGGCUGUACUGUAUUCCCUGCGGAUUUUGAAGCAGCUGGUUGAAAUCACCGCGGAGAAGAUCUCCUUCCAGCACCACGGUAUUCUGGCAGAUUUACCUCCACUACAUCUUCUCAUGAUGUCGCGGUACGAGAUUGUCAAAUGCUUCUCCGUAAACCAACUGGCCCGCAACUCGGUCGGUCAGUUAUUCGAGACGUAUGACUGA